AUUUGACGUUUACAAUUUGCGUGUGUCGGAUUGUUACAAAUUGUUUCAGUUAUGACGCUUUUUCUUUUAAAAAAGAACGUGUUUUAUUGUCAAUUCGUCUAGAAAAUAGAAUUAUUGUUAAUAUAAACAACAAGUGAUUUAGUAAGACUUAAAGAAACAAAAAAAACACAAACCAUGCCGGCGCCCCCACCACCGCCCCCGAUGGCCCCGGCGGCGCCGCCUCCGCCCUCUUUCAACGUCAAACCGUCCAAAAGCAACGGCAACGAACGGAACGCCCUGUUGAAAGACAUCCGCUCGGGUGCCAAAUUGAAAAAGGCCGUCACGAACGAUCGAAGCGCCCCCGUCAUCGGUAAUUCGAAACCGUCGAACGGAGCCGCCCACAAUCUACCAGUGAUACCGAUCGGCGGAAUGAAAAACGGCACCGGCCCCGCCAGUCCCGUGGGACCGUCGAGGAACGGUAGCGCCCCCGUCACGCCCAUGGGCGGCGCCAAGAUGUUCACCACGCUCCAGCAGGAACUCAGCAGGAAAAUGGCGUCGGUCCACGCCUCGUCGUCCUCUUCUUCGAUCAAUCCGCAGGAGAGUCGAACGGAUGCGAAAACCUUCGAUAACAUCCAAACGGAAUUGAGGAAGCAAUUGGCCAAUAACGAUGCGAGAAAUAGAGGCCCGCCGCCGCCUACGCCAAUGAGAACGAUUUUACCUGACCAGACGUUACAAAAGGAAACGAGCACCACGAACGGUUUCCACGCCAGCCAAUUGUCGUUGAAUUCGUUUCCGAGCGCGCCCGCCAACGAGAGCAUGUUGUACAGAAAGGCGAAGAGCAACGCGAACUUGCACAACAUCGAGUCGAACAACGACAACAACAACGGGGCGCCGUGCAGGCCCAACAAACCGGCGAUCAAUCACGGCAAGCCGAAUUUGGCGCCCAAACCUCCGAUCCUAAACGGUAAACCGAAUACGUUGCAUUUGAAAACUGGCAAAUCUGUGACGCGAACUCACAGCCUGAAGAGUCCCCGUUCACCGUCGCCAGACAGUCCCGGUGCCAAUUCCAAGAACAAAUUCGGCACCGUCAGGAAUAUGUUCACCGUGUAUAAUAAUAAUAAUAAUAACAAUAACAAUGAUGGCUCGGCUCCGGUCGCUCGAACGAGACCAAUCAUCAGUACUCGACCUACUGCACCUCCACCGUCUAUACCGGUGCCCAAUCAUCCAUCGUCUAGUCAAUCGCCCACUCCCAAAUUCAACAAACCAAACCACGCGCCGCCUCCGCCGCCGCCUAGUCAAGCCCCGCCACCGCCUCCGCCGCACAGCAAGAUAUCAAUGAACAAAACCGCUCCCGGCUCAAAUCCGCCUUCGCCACCGCCCAGGGGUUCAUCGAUGAGGCAAAACAUGGUAAAGAGUUCGAGCUUAGAGGAGAAAUUCAAAAGCAAUUUUCACACGCCCGACGAAUUCCCGUCGCCUCCGCCAUUCAGGAACGUCAUCAAAUUGUAUAACUUCCGUUAAAAAAUCUAUCCGUACGCUUAAGUUUAAUUUUAUUUACCAAAAAAAAAAAAACUUGUUUUUUUGAUAUUAAUUUGUUAUAUAAUUAAUAAAUAGAUUUUAAAUUCGUCAUCGUUUAAAACGGCCGGGCGGUGACUUAGGGCGCGUUCUAAGUAAUAAUAGUUAAUUAAUUAUUUUUUUUCUUACAUUAAUUACACCAGUCCGGUGUCGGAACAGGGCAUGGUAAUAGUAGCGGCUAACAACGGAUGGCUUUGUAGCUUUUCAUCUUCGUUUAUGAUGAAAAUUCUGAUGAGACAGGGCCGGCCCGUUUUCGAGGCGUGCAAUUCCCCUUCGUUCGAUACUUCUCGAACGCCUAUUUUAGUUUUGUACGAAGCUAGCGGUAUUAAUAGAGGAAUCUACGAGAUUAUUUGCGAAUUAAAUAAAGCGACGAAUGUUUGUUGUGAAUUAAUGAGGCGUUAUUUACCAACACUCUGGUUUUCGAACAAACGUAAUUCUCCGGUUUAACGUGAACUAUCAUGCUGAUGCCGUUUAUGGAUUUGGCGCUCUCCAAAUUCUCCAAUGUAAAUAUCAAAGUGAAUUUUGUUCCUAUACCUAGAAUCUAUAAAAACAAAAACAUUGUAUAUUACUAAUGGAAGUAGAAAUGCAAUAAAAUGUAAAUAUCUCACCUGCGCUGAAAGUUUUAGUUGACCUUUAAACGUGGCUAUUUCGUUUUCGUUGGAUUUGUAUUGCAAAAGAGACCUGGCGACGUCCAGUCGCAAUUUCAGAAGGCUCUUCUGGAAAUUUUGAUGUAUAUCUGCAAUUAAAAAUAAUAAGAAAUUGGUUAUACAAAUAGAAUUAGUUUGAAAGUACCCAAAGCGGAUUCUCGUUCUCUUAGGCUUUGCUCUAAAAAUAAUUUGCUGCGUUUGGGCAAAGGCAACGGUUUCGUUUGAAACUGCGGCACGUUAUCGGUACCGUUCAUGUUGAAAUCUGCCGUUCUUUUUAAUAUCCUGAAAAUUACUGUUCCGGCUAAAGAAUAUUAAUCGUUAGUAAAGGAAUAUGCUCAUCGAGAGUUCAUAGGCGAACGAAGAAAAUUGCAAAUAUUUAAAGUGGAACGAUUUAUAGUGUGUUCCACAAUCUAGCAAAUAACGCUAUAGAAAUGUAGUCGAAAACUUUUACUUUAGCUAUAUAUAAAUAGUAUGUAGGUAAAGAAAAUGUACAAUCCAUAUCCUAAAACAACGAGUACAAACAACUAUAUUUUUACAAUGAAAAUGAGAGACGUUUUUAACCUGAUACAGGAAAAAUAUAACCAACGGUAUAAUUCGUAUGGUAGUAUUUGAAUGCCCAUAAACAUUCAUAAAGCACAGCUUUUUCUCACUUAGUAUAAUAUAAAAUAUUCAUUUCUAACCAACAAUAAACAGACCUGUCGAUUAUACAUUCACAUUCGCAAAUCAAUCACAUCAUCUUUUUUUUUUGAUUAUUCCGCUAUUUUGUACCGACACUACCAAUUAAUUAACAUUAAUUACAUUUCGUCAAAACAAAUUACAUUAUUCCUCGACCGAACCACUUAGGCCGACCGCUCACGGAGCAACUAUUUUGAAACAAAAAAUCGCAAACCAGUUCAUCUUGCAACUAUUUUGCAACCUCGCGCAAUCUACACGAGUCGAUUCAAAUGAAACUAGUUUGCAAUUAGUCAUAAACCGGUUGUACCCGACCAUUUCCCGCGAUCGCAGUCAAUUUCUUCGUCAAAUUCUUGCCAAUUUCUGGUGUAAUUCAUUCGAUAAAUUACUAAGCAACUAAUUGAAACUGUUUUAUAAUAGUUGUAAACAUUGUUGUUAAUAUUAGUUGUAAACUGGUUGCAGACGAAACUAGAUUGCAAUAUUUCAUUUCGAAACAGUUACUCCGUGACCGGCGCGCCAAACUUUCGCAAUAGACUAGAUUUAACACUACAACUCCUUGGUAUAAUUACAACCAUCACCACCACCCUCCUCGUUCGUUCCAUCACCACCAACAACAUCCUCCUCCACCACCUCCUCAUCAUCAUCAUCACCCCCAAUUCCCUGCGCAAUCAAAAAAUCGAUAAUCCUAUAAUCCCUUCCGCCCGAUUCGGUGUUCGCUAUCCACAACGGCAACCAUUUGUUAGCCAACAACCAUUGCACCGACACCUUACUGAUACGCCCCGCAUUAUUCACAUUCCUCGCCCCGUACAAACUCUCUAUAGCGUAGCGAUUGCCAUCGAUCGAACCGCACGAAGACGACAAAUGCCGUUCGAUGCGACCGAUCCCGUGACCGAUCACGUCCAUUCGACCGUAAGCGUUGCCGAUUCUGCAGCAGGAGCUGCAACUCGGCCGCGCCGGCGUCGCGACGUCCGCCGAGCGGGCUCCUCGGAGGUCUUCGAUGGUUUCGUAGAUGUUCUCGCCGGCGACGGGAUCGAUGCGGGCUUCGUGACGGAUCGUUUCGUAGAUGUUCUCUCGGUACAAAGACAUAGCCGAUGAGUGUUGGGGCGUCGUUUCGUAGCCGACGGCUCCCUCGGCGUUGCUGCAUUCGUCCGUGUACUUUUCAC